AUGUCUCAGCAUCGGGUAAUUUGCUUUCCUAAAUAUUUCUCAUCCAUUAUCAUUCGUUCACUUGAAACGGCUGUAUGGAUAUUUGCUGAAUCAGGUAUUGCUGAUCAUCUUGCAGCUAUUGAUGCACCGCAAACAGCUAAAGAAAUGGCACAAAAACAGGGAUGGGAUAGUGAAUUUCUAUAUCGAAUCUUACGUACUGUGGCCAAUGCUGAUAAUGUACGUGAAAUAAAAUCGAAUGAAACAAUUGAACCAGAAAAAAUAAAUCGUGUCGAAUUAACUGAAGAUGGUCGUUUUCUCACAUCGAAUCACUCAAAUAGAGCUCGAUAUUUAAUUUGUUGGAAACUAAAUCCUGUAAUCAAAAUAGUUUCACAUUAUUUGCCUAAUUUAACACGUGAAGAUUCUAGUAAAGGUAAUAGUAUUCAACAAGUAACUAAUAACAAUGAAUCCAUGUUCGAUUAUACUUGA